UCUUUUUCCUUUUGUGUGUCUCAGCUUUACCAGCAGGGCCGGCUCUGUCAGCUGGGAGGAGAGUUUUGUGAGCUGGAAGUGUUUGCUAAAGUGCUGCGGGCUUCAGACAAACGACAUCUCCUGCACCACUGCUUCCAGGCCUUGAUGGACCACGGAGUGAAGGUGGCCUCUGUUCUGGCAAACUCGUUCAGCCGUCACUGCUCCUACAUCGCGGAGUCCGAUGCCCACGUCAAAGAGAAGGCAAUCCAGUUCGGCUUUGUCCUGGGUGGUUUCUUGUCAGAUGCUGGCUGGUACGGAGAUGCAGAGAAGGUGUUCCUGUCCUGCAUGCAGCUGUGCACGCUCCACAGUGAAGUCCUGCACUGGUACCGGGCUGUGGAAUGUUGUGUCAGGUUGCUUCAUGUCCGUAAUGGGAACUGUAAAUACCACCUGGGUGAGGAAACCUUUAAGCUGGCUCAGUCCUACAUGGACAAACUGGCCAAACACGGCCACCAGGCCAACAAGGCUGCGCUCUACGGCGAGCUGUGUGCCUUGCUCUUUGCCAAAAGCCACUACGAUGAGGCAUAUAAGUGGUGUAUAGAAGCUAUGAAGGAAAUCACUCCAGGUCUGCCUGUUAAGGUCGUGGUGGAUGUCCUCCGGCAGGCCUCCAAGGCCUGUGUGGUGAAGAGAGAGUUCAGAAAAGCGGAGCAGCUCAUCAAACACGCCGUCUUUCUUGCGAGAGAACACUUUGGACACAAGCAUCCCAAAUACUCUGACACUCUGCUGGAUUAUGGAUUUUAUUUACUGAAUGUAGACAACAUAUGCCAGUCAGUUGCUAUUUACCAGACGGCCCUGGACAUCCGACAGUCUGUCUUUGGGGGAAAGAAUAUCCAUGUAGCCACAGCCCAUGAAGACUUGGCCUAUUCAUCAUACGUACAUCAGUACAGUUCGGGCAAAUUCGACAAUGCUCUGUUCCACGCUGAACGUGCCAUAGACAUCAUAACUCACAUUCUGCCUGAAGACCAUCUGCUGCUGGCUUCCUCCAAAGGGUCAAAGGUAACCUCACUGAUCCUGGAGGAAAUUGCCAUCGACUGCCGCAACAAGGAGACUGAGGAGCGCCUCCUACAGGAGGCUCAUGACCUGCACCUGUCCUCACUGCAGCUUGCCAAAAAGGCCUUCGGAGAGUUCAAUGUCCAGACAGCCAAACACUACGGCAACCUGGGGCGGCUCUACCAGUCCAUGAGGAAGUUCAAGGAGGCAGAAGAGAUGCACAUCAAAGCAAUCCAGAUCAAGGAGCAGCUGCUGGGCCAUGAGGACUAUGAGGUGGCGCUGUCUGUGGGUCAUCUGGCCUCUCUGUACAACUACGACAUGAACCAGUACGAGGACGCGGAGCGGCUCUAUCUGCGAUCCAUCGCCAUCGGUAAGAAGCUGUUUGGCGAGGGCUACAGUGGCCUGGAGUACGACUACCGCGGACUCAUCAAACUCUACAACUCGGUGGGCAACUAUGAGAAGGUGUUUGAGUACCACAACGUUCUGUCCAACUGGAACCGGCUGAGGGACCGGCAGUUCGCAGUGGCAGACGCCCUGGAGGACGUUAACACGACGCCUCAGCAGACACAGGAAGUAGUGCAAGCUUUCUUAUUGGCUCAGAGCCUGGUCACCACCCGCCCCUGCCUCAGCUAAAGUCGGCCCCCGAAUGAACUCCGACUGAAUUCCUAAUCCACAGGAAGUUGAAGCGUCGGUCGGCUUCACCACACGCCAGAUGACACCGCUUCACUCUGUUUUUUACCAGAGGAAAGAAGAAGAAAAAAGCCUCCAUCAUCCUGUUGGGAUGAAAAAAAACAAACACUGACCUGUGCUUUCUGUUCUUUUUUUAAAUAGUUGACGUGGUGGCGCUGUGACCCACGCGUCUGUGAACCGUGUCGUCAUUUGUGAAUUUGAGGCGGUGUGUCGCCGUCAGUCCGGUUCAAAUCACCACGUGAAGACUUUGAGUUUUACAAAGGAGAAAAAAGUCAUUAAAUUCCUGCUUUGAGCCGACAGACUGAAGAAGUGUGAGAAGAAUCCGUGAGUACGUGGUUACACACGUCCAGCAACAGACACUCUGCAUCUGUUAUCUGUUUUGCAGCUUAGUCCUGACAUAGCACCAAUAAAAAAGACAAAACCAUU